AUGUCCAAGAAGAACAACUUGACGACCAGACAAAACGCGCACAAGUUUGCGCUAGAACGUGAGAAAGCCGAACGCGAGAAGCGGGAGAAGAAGAAGGAGAAGGUUGUGACAAAGGCACAGAAGGCACCUGUGGAGGGCAAGGCCAUCGCCAAGAAGAGCAAGUUCAAGGGCGUCCGCAUCAAGCGCAACCGCACCAUCCGCGGCAUCAAGAUCAAGGAUGCAGAGAGCAGGCAGAAGGUGCGGGAGGUGUUGGCGGCAGAGCAGGCAAUGAAGGAGAUGGCAGUUGACGAGGAGCCGGUGGUCAGGAGAAAGUCGCCAGCAAAGAAGAAGAAGAAGGCUAAGAGGAUACCUGCUGAUGCCAUGCAGUUGGACUGA